AUGAAGCAAGAGAAUAUUUUCCUCUUCGUUCCCAACCUCAUUGGUUAUGCUCGUAUAAUCUUCGCUUUUAUUGCUUUUUAUUAUAUGCCAACUUCCCCCUUCCUGGCAUCAUUCUUCUACCUACUUAGUGGCUUCCUUGAUGCCUUUGAUGGCCAUGCUGCCCGGGCUCUUAACCAAGGAACCCGCUUUGGGGCCAUGCUGGACAUGCUGACUGACCGCUGUGCUACUAUGUGUCUGCUGGUGAACCUGGCUAUGCUCUAUCCAGAGUCUGCCCUCUGGUUUCAGCUGAGCAUGAGCCUGGAUGUGGCCUCCCAUUGGCUACAUCUCCACAGCACUGUGGUGAAAGGUGGAGAAAGCCAUAAGAGUAUUGACUUAACAGGAAAUCCGAUCUUGAGAGUAUAUUACAACUCACGGCCUGUUCUUUUCCUUAUGUGUGCUGGUAAUGAACUCUUCUACUGCAUGUUAUACUUGUUGUGUUUCGGUGAAGGGCCAGAAAUCCUGUCAGGAUACGCUGGACUCUACCGCCUGAUUCUGUGGGUUUGUACCCCCAUUGCCAUCACCAAGAGCUUCAUCAGCUUAAUUCACUUGGUCUCGGCCUCGUGCAAUAUGGCUGCCUUAGAUGCUGCUGAACGGGCAAAGAAGAUGUAGGAUAUCAAAGUUGUGGGAAGGAACUCCCCUAAGUCUUCCAGAGUGAUCAGCUCCCAACCUUCAUGAUGAAGGAAUGAGAUCUUUGCCUCAGAUCAGUCACUCCGGUUGUACAGUUUUUCUCUGAUGUGUUCACUUCACCUUCCCAUGAUGCUUUUGUAAUAUCUAUGUGGGGCAAUAGGGUAACUCCUGCUCCUCCUGGCUUCUUCUGGUUUUACUCCCAUAAUAAUAUGAACAGUUGAGUUAAAAAUGGGCUGUUGAGGAGGAUCCUGAUCCACCAUUUUGAGGGGCAGCUGAAGAGCUUGUCGUUUUGGAAUUGAAAGCUUUUUUACCUCACACUUUUGGGGUAUCUUUGGAGAGAACGAAAUAUAGGACUGCACUUGUCUUGAUAUAAUAAACUAAACUAGUAUUUUGUUGCCUAAAAAUCAAGAAGAUCACAUCUAAACACCUUUUGAAAUCUGGACUAGGUUUUUUUGUGUUCCCAAAUUGUAUAGGAGCAGAUCUCUGAAGAGGAGAAUAUAUUAAUCCCCUGCAUUCUGCAAAUAUAUCUAAUAGGAGCAACCAUUUGGAAGUCAUUUAUUUUGGACAAUAUAAAUACACAGCUUGAAAAAGGAUAUAGUAUUGGUAGGCUACCUAUUGAUCCUGGAGGUCUUAAGAUCAUAUCUUGCAUUAUUUCCUUAGAAUUAUCUCUGAAUGUUCAGUUUAACUUUUGUACUUUAACUCAUGAUUAUCUGCUCUUAUCUCUUGUAAAAAAAUUUUUAUUAGAAAUACAUAGACCAGAGGUGGCAAAUUGCUUCAUUUCUCAAGCAAUUCAAAUUGACUGUAGCUGAAGGCUAUACUUUCCUUUUCUUCAAUCAUGUCAUUGUGCUGUGCAAUAUUGAAGUGAACUAAAUAAGGACAACUUUCAGCAUCAGUUUCGCCCUUCUGGAGUCCUGUCUGACUUCUCCACAAUGCUGACAUUUGCCAGUGGCAGAGAUGUAUUUACCUAUUUAUUUUCUUCAAGAUUUUGAACAUUCAGUACUUUCCUGAGGUAAUUAGUAACUCGUUUAUAUAGACAAUCGUUUAUCUUCUUUCUUUCCUCGUUGGUUUCUGCAUUAGCGCAUUAGCAAGCUCUCCUACUGUGGCUUUCAGCAAGAGGUUUACAUUGCCAUGGUAGCUCCCUACCUAUUAAAGGUCCUCUUCUUCCUUUCCCACAAAAGCUGGCUUUUCAUGCUUGUAUUAGGACCCAGAGGUCAAGAGAAAUAAAAGAUGGAGAUGAUGGAGGCAGGGUUUUUAAUUUAUUAAACAAAUUUAUGACUGCCCAACUGACACACAGUGACUCUGAGUGGCUUACAGAAUUAGAAAUUCACAACAUAACUACCACCUUGGGGCCAUAAUAGAAGAGAGAUAUCUAAGCCCUAAGG